CGAUCGAUAAUUCGAUACCGCUUCAGAAGACGAGGCGUGCGGGACGUGUGUUAACAAGUUGUUCUUAUUUGUUAUUUGAAUACUUGCGUUGUGUUCGGAAUGUUGUAAUUUAAAAUUUAUUCCUGUAUAAGUAAUAAUAUUUCUCCUAUGAUGGCUGUUUUUAAAUCACUUUGUUUUGUUCUCUUCGUUACUGCAUCUGCUGAAUUUGUUUGGAAGCAUCAUAAUAACGAAGAGUUACCUUUAAUUUUGGACGAAGUUCAUGAAAAGUGCCCUAAUAUUACGAGGGUAUACACCUUAACGGAGCCAUCAGUGAGGAAUGUGCCUCUAUAUGUAAUAGAAUUCGCCGAUAGUCCUGGAUUCCAUCAACCUUAUAAACCCGAAGUAAAAUAUGUAGGAAACAUACAUGGCAAUGAAGUGCUUGGCCGAGAAUUAUUAUUGGGUCUUGCUAAUUACCUUUGUGAUCAGUAUAAUAAACGAGACCGUCAUAUUAGAACCCUAAUUCAUAACACGCGCAUACAUUUACUACCUUCUAUGAAUCCUGAUGGCUGGCAAUUGUCAACAGACACAGGAGGUCAAGAUUAUCUCAUCGGGCGAAAUAACAAUCACUCAGUCGAUUUAAACAGAAACUUUCCAGAUCUUGAUGCAAUUACAUUUGAAUUUGAGCGCCAGGGUAUCAGUCACAAUAAUCACUUACUGAAAGAUUUAACUCGUCUUGCUGCUCCGUUGGAACCAGAAACAAGAUCAGUAAUGCGAUGGAUCAUGUCCGUGCCAUUUGUGUUGAGUGCAGCAAUGCAUGGUGGGGAUCUGGUGGCUAAUUAUCCUUAUGACGAGAGCAGGAGUGGUGCUCCUGUAUCUGAAUACUCUGCAAGCCCUGAUGACGAUACCUUUAGGGAGCUGGCGAUGACGUACGCGGACGCGCACGCCGACAUGUCGUCGCGCAGCCGCCCGGGCUGCCACGCCGGGCCCGACGACGCCGGCGCCUACAACUUCGGCAAGCAGGGCGGCGUCACCAAUGGAGCCGCCUGGUACAGCCUCAAAGGAGGAAUGCAAGAUUUCAAUUACUUGGCGACUAAUGCGUUUGAAAUAACCCUCGAACUCGGUUGUCAGAAGUACACUCCCGAGAAGGAAUUGGAGAAGGAAUGGAUUCGCAAUAAGGAUGCGUUACUCGCUUUCAUAUGGAAGGCUCACUCCGGUGUGAAGGGCAUUGUGAGCGAUGACUCCGGUUUCAUACAGAACGCUAUUAUAUCCGUCGUCAACAUCACUGGACCUGUUCCUCGACCCAUUCGACACGAUAUUACCACUGGCGCGUACGGAGACUACUACCGGCUCCUGACUCCCGGACAUUACGAAGUUACUGCAAAUCACCCCGGCUACUUCCCAGUUUCCCGCAUCGUCACUGUUCCGAAACAUCAGACAUCCGCCAGAGUCGUCAACUUCAGACUUGAGCCCACGACGAGUUGGUUCGACGACUACAGCUCGUUCGGCCUGUACCCGCACGGGCUGCGCGACGGACAGCCGCGCAUCUACAAGCGAGACCUCUACCGACAGCUCACCGACGCCCUGCUCGACCACCGGGACUCCCACUAGGACGCCACCCUUAGCUCCCACAGGGCCGGAUUUAGGGGAGGGCACUGGGACAGCUGCCCCGCCCUCCACAGAAGAGGAGCCCUCGCAAUAGAGAUUCAUAUGAUUCCGACGAGUUAACAAUUUUAAUAUAAUAUAUGUUUAGAUAUCUAGAUAUAGUCAAAUUAUAAUAAUAUUACUAAUUACUCUUAAAAGUUACUACUACAAAGAGUAAAUAAAUUAUUGACAAACCUGAUUGCCCCAAAUGAAAAUGUUAAAAUAAUUUUGUUAAAUAAUAAAAUUAGGGGCCUCCACUCCUCUAUUUCUCCAGGGCAUGAGUCUAUAAAGGAGUGGUUCUUUGUGGUCUCAGGGCCUCAAGACCUUUAAAUCUGGUCCUGUCCGUACACACGACCAACCUGCCGACAGGAAUAUCACCCUCCAAAUCAUUCCGUAAGAAACUAAUAUUACACUAUAAUCGCUAUUUUAUUCCGAGUAUAUUUACAUUGCAUUGUUUUUUAUUUUUACAGGAUAUAGGUAGUUGUCGAUAUCGUUACUUCAUUGAAAUUGCUUUUAAUUUUCAUUGUAUAAGCCAUACAUAAUAUUUCAUCAUCAAUUCUGGCUUUCUAAAAUAUAUUUUAUCUACCACAACACAAUUGUAUUCAUAAUUACGAUGUUGCUAUACAAUUUAAGAAAGAUACAUUAUACAAUUCAUUAACAAUGAUUUUUUAAAACCUCAUAUCCCAAUCUAGGAUUUGUCUAGCCUAGGUUCGUUGCCUACACUGCCUAAUGGGUAACCCGGUAUUGUCUGCAUAUUUAGAUAACAUGGCGUAAUUGUGCGGUUUUAGUUAUACAAAAAUCGUCGCGUGCACUAAGCUAUUAUUCGAAAUGAAUAAUAAACUACGACGUAUAAGAUAGAUCUGUAUUUAGUAUGACUUUUAAGGUAAAUAACAAUAUAAAUGCAGUUACCAUAAACAUUAAUCAUAGACAUAAGAAUUAAUUUCCUAUUUAUAGUUCUUGUAUCAGGGGAUUAUUUUAAAUAACUUUCAAUUCCAUUAAAACCAUCAAUCUUGAGAAAAAUUACAAGUUUUUAUUAAGAUAAGUUAUAUUGUUAUCAAGCAAUUAUUAAAUUUAAUUAUUUUAUGACAAAUUUGUAUAUAAACGGUUUUGAAGUGAGCAUUCCAAGACGCGGUGUAAAUGAUUUGACCUACAAUUAUUGCAACAGAACGAUUUUAUCAAUAAAAUUUUAAAUUUAAAAUUCGUGUAAAGUAGUUUUUGAUGUUAUUGUAUAAUUAUACACCGCAUAUGUAAUUAUUUUUAAAACUUAUCCUAUUUACAAAUGUAAAAUAAUAAUGUUUGUAACUACAUUCCAGGGGUUGGAUUAAAAAUAAACAAACCUUACCUAUAAAAAAAACCAAGCGUUUUGCUAUGCUUUGUUAUGCACAACAAACAGUUCUUGGUAAUUAUAUCUUUCUUUAAAUUAAGAAAAUAUUCCAUUUGACUAUUUAUAGUUCUGAUAAUAAUUUUGUUAUAAUACCAUAGAGAAUUUUAAAUCUCGACCAGUGAUGGCAAUUCUACGUCAAACUGUUUAUUUAUUUUUGCUCCCGCCAUUGGAAUCGGCUAUAAAUUCAAAAAUUAUUUUACAAAUCGAUUCUUAUUAUAGUUGUGUAUAUUUAUUGAUACAGAUGAAGAAAGUUUAAUCAUAAUUUAUUUUUGACAUCGACUUUAAGUCUGCUCAAAGAGUCAGAUGAACUAUGUUUUCUAUGUAUAUAUAAUUUUUUAACUGAUAGUUACCAAUGUUUAAUUUUAUUUGUUAAAUAAUGUUAUGCAGUCGCAAAAUUGUAUCUAGUCGGAAUAAUGUAUGAUUUAAAUUAAUAUAAAUGAAAAAUUAAACUUAACUGCCCUCUCAUAAAGUUACCUUACCUACAUGUUUUGUAAUCACUGAGUUCAUAUCUUAUAAAGAAAACUGACUAAACAUUUUGUUACUAAUAUAAUCCCUUCAAUUUGUGUAAAAUAAUAGUAUAUGUGAUUUUGAUUGUCUUUUUAAUAAUAAUGUAGUGUAAAACACUU